CCUUCUACUAUAAUAAAAACUAAUCUCUCUCUUCCCAUCCUAUAUACAUUCAUCGCUUUCUAUCUCUUGCUGCGUAUCUAGCAAUGGGAGACAGCCAGUACUCUUUUUCUCUCACUACCUUCAGCCCUUCGGGGAAACUGGUGCAGAUCGAGCAUGCCCUAAUGGCUGUCGGAUCAGGCCAAACCUCUUUAGGAAUCAAAGCUGCCGAUGGGGUUGUUAUUGCGACUGAGAAGAAAUUACCGUCAAUUUUAGUGGAUGAAUCAUCGGUGCAAAAGAUCCAGCUUCUCACGCCAAACAUUGGAGUUGUUUACAGCGGGAUGGGUCCUGACUCCCGAGUUUUGGUUCGGAAAAGUAGAAAACAAGCACAACAGUAUUAUAGACUGUACAAAGAGCCAAUCCCUGUUACACAGCGUAGAGAAACUGCGGCUGUCAUGCAGGAGUUCACUCAAUCUGGUGGAGUUCGACCUUUUGGAGUUUCACUUCUUGUUGCAGGAUAUGAUGACAAUGGUCCACAGUUGUACCAGGUGGACCCAUCAGGAUCAUACUUCUCUUGGAAAGCUUCAGCUAUGGGGAAGAAUGUGUCUAAUGCAAAAACGUUUUUGGAGAAAAGGUACACAGACAAUAUGGGGCUUGACGAUGCUGUGCACACAGCUAUUCUAACAUUGAAAGAGGGGUUCGAAGGCCAAAUAUCUGGGAAGAAUAUAGAAAUUGGGAUAAUUGGCCCUGAACCGGAUCCUAAAUUCAGAGUCUUGACACCAGCUGAAAUUGAUGAUUAUCUGGCUGAAGUGGAGUAAAUUUUUCUCGGGGUACCAGUAUGAUAUGAUUAAGAUUUAAGAACUCUCUCUUCUUUGUUUUUUUAAUUGAAAAUUUGGAUGUUUUUAUUUAAAAUUUCGGCAAAUUUUCACGCCAUGUGUUUCAAUAGCUAAAUGUAUCAAACUUGUAGUUGGCUUUCACUGAUUAGAAAGAAAAUCUGCAAAUUCCAAAAGAUGUGCAAGGGCAUAUUAUAUUAGAUUUAUAGCAAGGAAAUGAAGAAAAUAUUUGGUAGAAA